AUAAAAAGUAGCGUUCAAAAAAAAAAAAUCGUUCGCGAACUGCACAUCACUAAUAAAGAACUGGGGCUGUGUUUGGGUUGGACUCUCUAGGCUACGCUCUGAGUGUAACAUUUGAGUAUUUGAAAUUUCACGAUUUUGUUGCAGUACAAAUAUUAUAGAUUUUAGCUACACAAUUUGAACUUCAACUGUGGAUUUUAAAGUGUCCUAGAUCAACUCAUCUGCUUGACGGAAUUACUUUUGUUUUCACUUUGUUCCUACAUAUGGUGCAAACGUCAGUAGCCUUCCAAGCUGAUUUACCAUGUCCGGUGAGGAGCCUAGACAAGAAAAAGGAGGCAGAUGCUGACGGCUUGCCUCAUCUCUUCUGCUGGGCUGCUUUCCAGGACACACAAGAGAGAUGCUGCAUAAUAAGUCACCAGGAAGAUAGAAGACAGAGUGUUUUACCCCUCAUCCAAAAGUGGGGAGCCUACUGGCUAAGAAGGAGGCACAUAGCUGGAGUCUUGCCUCAUCUCUACUGCUUCUUCCCAGGACACAGGAGAUGUAGUGUCACUAAGAAGGCUGCAGUUGACAUGGACAAUAUGCUGAAUCCCAAAACAAUGGAGGAUUUUAAAAGAGUUAUCUUAAUUUUAAGCUACUUCUCUACUGAUCUGAAGCUCCUGUGAAAGAGUGGGCCCAUGCCAUGCUGAGGAGACAGAGAACUGACACUCUUCUAACUGUUUUGCUGUGGCUUCUCUUCUUCAUCGCCAUGACAAUGAAACAGGCAUAUGGAAUAUCCAUUUGCAGUAAAGAACUUCCUAGAAUUGUGCAAAAAUGCAUUGAGGAAGUUCGCAAGAUGGAGUCAUUUGAUUGCAGACUGUACACCCCAACUUUAGAUGAUUAUCAGCAGAAGUGCCCCAUGUCCACACUCACAUGCUUUGAAAAAGAAGUGAAUGUCCUGGUGUUAGAAUCUGGGAAUAAAUCCUCACCCAUAUACAAGCUAAAACUAUCCUUCCGACUGAAGAGCUUGAAGUCCUUUAUAAAACAGAAGGAAGGUGCCAACUGUCCAGACUGUGAGGUCCACAGAGAAAGGGCAGCAAAGGAUUUCUUAACAACAUUGCUAACAAUUCUGGAGUGGAUGAACAAUAAGGGGUGUAGCCACUGAGAUGGACACAUCCAUAGACAGGGACAUCCAAGGACUCACAUAAGUGCAGAAGGCUACCUGAACAAUUGCUAUAUGUAGAAAAUACUAUACAUGUAUUGUAAUGUACCAGACCAGCGCUAUCUUUCCCAGAGGGAGUAGCUGAGGAUCUGCCGGGGACAUCAUCUCCUUCACUUAGAAUAAAAGUCUGUCUGAUCUAUGUUGUAUGUUGAUGCACAAGGCACACACCAGUGUUUGAAUACCGUGUGUCAUAUGCUGUGUAUAUUACUUAAGAUUAAGCUCUUUAUUUUACAUUUUUUUAUUUGAUUUUGAAUUUUAGGACCCCUUUAGGUAUCAAAAAAUAUAUACAAAUGUUUUGAUAAAAUAUUGAAUUUGGCCUUUACUACUAUAGCCCAUAGAAACGCAUUGACUAACGCAUUCAUAAAUGGCAAAAAAUUCAGUAAACAAAUAAGGUUUUGAAGUGUCUGUCCUAUAUCUAGGAGAUAUAACAAAGCUCAGGAAAUAUUUUUGUAUUUUUUUUUACACAUAUUUAACCCCUUAUUUUUGUUGGCACAUAACUACCUCCAUACUUCCAUUCAUUUGUAUGGGUUACCUUCAGACGAGUCUCGUGACACUUGUGGGGUAGUACAGCAAAACUGAGAGCACCAUCGUGUUCGUGAGAGUCUCCCAUUUCCAUAGAGUGGUCAUAGUUUGUAGGCCAAACUGUUCGGACGCUGUAGACGUUUUCUUGAGAAGACAGAUUUUUGGGAUGUCUCAUGGUCUGAAAAACACUUCUGUAACUCGGCCAUCUUUCAACACUGAUGUGGAAGGCUGACAUAGGCGGAUGCAGUGGAUUGAGACGCAGCACAUGCAAAAACCUGAUAUCUCUUAAACUGACGGAUUUGGAUGGGGAUAUUUUUAUUAUGUUGCUUAGAUUUACUGUAUUUUUGUGUUAUUAUGUUUAAAAUGCAUAUUGAUUUGAACUAACCUGUGCAUCUUGCUCAUUUCUUACCCCAAAUACACAAUUGACCAUUCUUGGAUUUAAAAA